AUGGCCCCAGAGGCUCCUGAUCCCCAGAGUCUCAAGUCAUGGGCGGAUGCGUUUCAAUAUCCAAUUCCCACGGUUCGCCGUGUGGAGAUGGAAUUGCGCCGGGACAUUACAAGCAAUAAGGAGAAGCUCCGAGCUCUCGUGGGUACGCGAUAUCGAGAACUGGUUGGAACAGCCGAAACGAUCGUGGCGAUGAACACAGAGAUCCAACAAGUGGAAACCCUUUUGACCGAUGUUGGACGGCGGUGUAAUCCACAAUUGGUCGAGAAGAAACAUCUUCAUGCGCGGCAGAUGAAGAGUGAUAAGGCGGAUAUGGAUGCGGACAAGCAUGCCUUCGGAGCGCAACUUGCCCUACUUCACCGCUGUACAGCUUCCAUUUCCCGACUUCUACGCAAACGAGCCUCGCUAUUAUUUGUCGCCAAGAUUCUUAUUGUGUCCCGCCAGCUGGACAUCACUUUGUUGAAGCAUGAAUCAAGUCCACCGUUUCUCAACGACCUCCGCAGCCAGCUAGCGUCUCUGCACCAAACCCUUCUAAAGCGAAUUAAUAAACGCCUAGCUUCUUCAACAGCAACAGAAGACAGUAUCAUUGAAUCAUUGGCCGCAUACUGUCUAGCUACAAAAUCCUCUUCCGAUGAUGCUAUCCACAAAUUCCACCAAGUGCGGUUGGAUGUCAUUACAGCCAAUCUUGACCUUUCACGGGAAAAUAUACCCAAGGCCCUUCGACUUUUCAUCCUCACACUCCAAACUUCCAAGACUCUGCGAUCUCGACAGUUCUCCGACGUGCUUUCGAAGCUCAAAUCUAGGCCGAUUCUAUCUGAUUCAGAUAUCCGCAAUCUGGACUCGUUAGAUAUCGAAAUACUCGGCCGCUGGGCAUCUUCAGAGGUGAAUAACUUCACUCCCUGGAUUAAACUGAGCGAGUUGAAUCGUACAGAAGGAAUUGAAUCCAUUAGAGAGUGGUCUUCUCAGGCUUUCGAGAAGCUCGCCGAGUGCUUGGACCGAAGCCUUGCUCAUAGUAACGACUUUACUGAGUUACUUUUCUUGCGUGCCGAAACCGUUGAAUUGUGGCUCUCCUCUUGGGGAUCAACAAUCACACAUCGCUCUGCCGAUGUACUUAAGCGACUCCGUGACAUUUUCAAUGAUCACACCAAGCGCGUAUUGGUCUCGCAAGUCAAAAAGAUCAACGAAAUCGGAUUCCAGAUCUCAUCUACAGUAUCCAAAUGGGACUCAGCAGAACAUUUUUUGACGGGCUCGUUAUGGGAUUCAGAUCUUAUCACAGCAGACCUCUCGGACGGCGCAAACUCAUUCAAGCAAACCGUGACAGACCGACUACUCGGCCGCAAUCAUGACGUGACUGCAGUUCUCAAGAAGUAUCAUUCUUGGCUUUCAUCUAUUGGAGAAAGACAAGAAUCUAUCGAAGCCCUACGUCGCCUCAAAUGGACUGAUAUUCUUGUCGGCGGCGAGGUGGAAGACGAAGACAUUGACAUUACGCCUUGUCUAAACGAUAAUGAUCCGAAACUCUUGUCUGAUGCUCUUCAUUCGGCUGUAAGAGAAUCACUCAAAGAGCUGGAGAGUAGAUUCAACGAUACUUUCAAGGUCUUUGGAGAUACCCACCAAAGUGCAAAAGCCACGUUCUUACUGCGGCUCAUCCGCCUUGUGCGCCGAGAUAUUCCUGCAGGGUUUGUUGAGAAGGAGUUUUUGUUCUCGCGCCCUCUGGUUCCACAGUUACAGGCACUGCUUGCAUCUGAUGUAGUUGCGCAGGUUGGGAAAUUGUCUCUUGUGUUGACAUUCAAACCUGAAUCCAAUUCCAAUCAAUUAAGAAAUGUGCCUGGUCGCACACUUUGGGAGGGUGAACCUCCCGUGCCGACGCAGCCAUCAGCGAGCACUUUCAAGUUCUUACGACAACUGACUGCCGUUAUGGAUGAGGCUGGAACUGAUUUAUGGGAUCCAUCCACAGUGAGUGUCCUGAAGACUGAGCUGCACCAGAAUUUCGAAAAUGCCAUCGGGUCUACACUAGAUGAUAUGACAGCCUGGGGCAGCGCAGAGAGAAAGAUCGAGGAUUCUCCAGCUGCCGAUGACCAAAGCAAAGGAGAUGUUAAGGAGAAUAGCAACGACCAAGAAAAUCCGACAUCUCCCAGCCCAGACACCACCCAGGCGAAGGAAGAUAUUUCUCAGGUCGAUGUGCUCCGAGAUUGGCAGGUUCAACUUCUCUUCGAUUCGACCUAUCUAGCAAACAUGCUUGGCAACCCAACGACUCAGCUGGCUGGAGUUAUUGAACGGAUCCAGAAUAGCAUGGAAUCAGAUGCUGCGACCGAAAAGGGUAUCCAGAAGGGAGCUGUGGAGUAUUGGAACCGAACGGAGCUGCUCUUUGGUUUGCUUGCAGAUCGAUAG